AUGAAGAAAUUCGGCUUUAGCAAAAAAGGCAGCGAGGCCACCGACGACGACACCUCGACCCGCAACGCCCUCUUCGGAAGCAGGUCAAAGAGCAAAGACACCAAAGCAGCACCGGCUUCCAGCAAUCCUUACGCCCAACCACAAGCAGGCCCAGACCCGUAUGCCCAGAAGGCGCCGCAAGAUUACCGACAGACAUCCAGCCCAGCUCCUCCCCCCUACAAUAGCAACAACGGGGGAAUGGACCCCUAUAGGAGAGACAAGAGCCCCGUCCCGCCCGGCGGCUACAGCGCCGGAGGAACUUCGCAGGCGGCAUACGGGCAGAACAGAUACGGGUCACCCGCGAGCGCAGCAUCAGCGACAGCCCGGCCGGGAGGUUACGGAGGGUUUGCGCGGGCCGACUCGCAGGACACCAUGUCGACGGACGCGGGGAGACAGGAGUUGUUUGGUGGUGCGCAGCAACGAGUACAGCAACGGGAGGAUCAGGGCGGGAGCACGUACGGUGCUGGUGGUGAGGGCCAGGGCUAUGGCGGGUAUGGCGAUCGACAGCUCACGGCAGAGGAAGAGGAGGAGGAAGACGUGCAGGCUACGAAACAGCAAAUCAAGUUCAUCAAGCAGCAGGAUGUGGCGUCUACGAGGAACGCGCUGCGGUUGGCUGAGGAGGCUGAGGCGUCGGGAAGAGAUACUCUAUCCAGACUGGGCGCCCAAGGCGAACGAAUCCACAACACCGAGUUGAACCUAGACAAAGCCGCGAACCAGAACCGCAUCGCCGAAGAAAAAGCCCGCGAGCUCAAGCACCUGAACCGCAGCAUGUGGGCCAUGCACGUCGGGAACCCCUUCACAAAAGCCUCGCGCAAAGAAGCCCGCGACCAGGGCAUCAUGGACACGCACCGCCGCGAACGCGAACAACGCGACGCCACCCGCGCCGCCGCCUACGCGUCCUCGUCGCGGCAGCAGGAGACGGGCAAAGACCUACGAGAAGGGCCAGGCGCCGCGCCGCCUUCAAAGGCGUCGUUGGCGGAGCGCGCCAAAUACCAGUUCGAAGCCGACAGCGACGACGACGAGAUGGAGAACGAGAUCGACAGCAACCUCGACCAGCUGCACGGCGCGGCGAAGCGGCUCAACAACCUCGGCCGAGCCAUGGGCACGGAGAUUGACGCGCAGAACAAGACGAUUGCCCGUGUGACGGAGAAGACGGAUCGGGUUGACGACCAGAUCGUCAUGAAUCGUGCGCGGUUGGAUAGGAUCCAUUAG